UAAUUUUUUUUUUUAAAUUUUAAUUUCUCUCUAUUUAUAUUGUACAUGUUGUUGGCUUAUCCAUAGCAGUUGCCUCAAUACUUCACCUUUUUGGCUACUAUUCUUCUGCUUGUGUUUUUGACAAUAUUUUCAACUCCCAUGGCUGACUUGGAUACCAAUUCAAGUACUUGUGGUACUGAAGCUCAAGUGGAUUCUAUAGCAGUUGAGGUCACAAGUAAGGGUUCAGAAAAGGAGCUUGUGUUCUCAGAGGAUGAAGAAAUCCUUAUUACCAGAAUGUUCAACUUGGUUGGAGAAAGGUGGUCGCUGAUUGCUGGAAGAAUCCCAGGAAGAACUGCGGAGGAAAUCGAGAAGUACUGGAAUUCAAGAUACUCCACCAGCCAAUGAGAUGGAAGAAGAGGGUUGUUCUGAUUUCUGAGACCAGUGAAAGAAUAUUCACCUGUGUACUAGGAAUUUAAGAAAAUAUUUUUGGGGCAUAGGUUUAGCAGUUAUUGCAGAUUUACUAAUGGUGACAAGGUUUGUACUAUGAACAUUAUGGUAUUUUAAUUUAAGGUGCAAUGAAUUUUCUCUU